AUGUCUCGCCUCCGCCUCCUCCGCCGCAGCUCCUCCACCACACUGAUACCCCGCCUCCGGCUCCUCCGCCGCUGCUCCACCUCCACCUCCACCUCACCGCCCUCAGGCCCCUGGUCUCCCCGAGACGCUUUUGUCGCCGCCAUAGAGCGUGUUCGCGCCGGGACGCUCAGCCCGGAAGACGCUCACCACCUGUUCGACGAUUUGCUCGGUCAAGCCACCCCGGUCCCCGAUCGCACCAUGAACGGCUUCUUUGCCGUCCUCGCCCGUGCCACGUCCCCCGCCGCCUGCAUCAGAGAUGGCCCCGCCCUUGCCGUCGCUCUCUUCAACCGUGUGUGCCGAGAAGAGGCCGGUCCGCGUGUGGCGGCGCCCACAGUCCACACCUAUGGCAUCCUCAUGGACUGCUGCUGCCGCGCACGUCGCCCGGACCUAGGGCUUGCCUUAUUCGGCCGCUUCCUCAGGACAGGCCUGAAGGCAAACGAGAUCGUCGCCACCACCUUCCUCAAGUGCCUCUGCUGCGCGAAACGGACAGAAGAGGCUGUGAAAGUACUGCUUCACAGGAUGCCCGAGCUGGGCUGUGUGCCUAAUGCCAUCUCGUACUCCAUAGUUUUGAAAAGCUUGUGUGAAAAUAGCAUGAGUCAGCAGGCACUCGACCUGCUCCAGAUGGCGGCAAAAGGAGGCUGCCUUCCUGAUGUGGUGGCAUAUAGCACAAUCAUCCAUGGCUUCUUUAAGGAGGGCGAAAUAGACAAGGCAUGCCAUCUAUUCCAUGAAAUGAUGCGGCAAGGGGUUGUGCCGACUGUGGUGACAUACAACAUAAUAAUUGAUGCGUUGUGCAAGGCCGGAGAAAUGGACAAGGCAGAGCUAGUCUUUCAGCGGAUGGCUCGUAAUGGUGCGCAGCCUAAUAAAGCGACAUGUAAUGGCAGUAAAUUUAGUUCACUGACUGACGGAUAUUGCUCAGUCGGCAAGAUGGAUAAAACAUUCAAACUGCUUGAUGCCAUGGUAUCAGUUGGAAUUGAGCCUGAUGCUGUUACUUAUAGUGCACUUCUUGAUGGCUAUUUUAAAAAUGCAAGGAUCGAUGAUGGUUUGACCCUAUUUAGAGAUAUGUCGUGCAAGGGAGUUAAACCUACAACUGUGACAUAUGGCAUCAUACUGGAUGGUUUAUAUCGUGCUGGGAGAACUGCUGCUGCAAAGGAAAUGUUUCAUCAGAUGAUCAAAAGUGGAAUAACAGUGCCCGUUUCCAUAUACACUAUAAUUCUUAGAGGACUUUGUAAAAAUAAUUGCGCUGGCGAAGCAAUCACCAUGUUCCAGGAAUUACGUGCAAUGAAUGUGAAGUUUGAUAUCAUAACACUCAAUACCAUGAUUAAUGCCAUGUACAAGGUUCAGAGAAGAGAAGAAGCUAAAGGUUUAUUUGCUGCAAUAUCAGCCAGUGGGUUGAUGCCUGAUGCUUAUACUUACAACGUAAUGAUAAACAAUCUUCUAAAAGAAGGAUCAGUGGAAGAAGUUGACAAUAUGUUUUCAUUGAUGGAGAAGAGUGGUUGUGCUCCCAGCUCUCAUCUUGUAAAUGAUAUCAUCAGAAGGUUGUUGGAAAAAGGUGAGAUUGCCAAGGCUGGAAAUUAUUUGUCUAAAGUUGAUGGGAAGAUCAUCUCACUUGAAGAUUCAACCACUUCAUUGUUGUCGUCUCUUUUUUCAAGCAAAGGGAAAUAUCGGGAGAACAUCAAGUUACUUCCUGCAAAUUAUCACUUUUUAGAUGGAUUUAGUGGCAUUGCACAUGAGACUAACUCCUAA